UGUAGUUGUUGAUUAAUGAACUGGUUUAAUGAUCUAGUUACUUCUGAUGAGCGUGCUUGCGGAGUACUUUGCCGUUGCCUUGGGUUCACAGAGAAAGAGACUUUCGCCAGAACAAGACCCUUCUGCGAAAGCCACGUCUUAUUUCUGAAGGAAAGCCUCGACACAAUGAAAAUGAGUCACUCCAUGUUGUUGGCCCUUGCCCUGUGUUGCCUCAUUUCUGGGGGAUCAUCAGCGAUCACGUGUUCUCAAGUCACCGGCUACCAGUCGGUAAAACAAGGCUGUCGUGUGGAUCUUCACAGGGGAUUGAAUAUCUUGUUUGACAUUAGAAGGACACAGCAUUACGAUGAGACCGACGUAGUCCAGUACAACAGUUUGCUAUGCCAGUGCAUGCAGAAGGCUAUGGACAAGAAUCACAUGUGGUUUGCUGUGGAAAAGAUGGGCAUAUGUUUCACCAAAGAUGUAUCUUUGUCUACUUAUCUCACCGAACUCCCCCUUGAUGUUGACAAAAGCUGUGACGCGCCAUUUGUACCCAAGAGUAACCUAACUCAUAAUGGAGUCCCGUGCUUCGGCGGCGAAUUUCGCGCAAUGUUCUACAAAAUACAGAGCUCUAUGGUCGCUUCUAACUCAGACGAGACCCCCCAAGAGAGCCCACUUGAAGCGCCGCUCGAAAGCCCUAUUGAAAGUCCAAUUGAAAAGCCACUUGAAAGCCCCCUGGAAAGCCCCCUUGAAGCCCCCCUUGAAGCUCCUCUUAAAGAGCCAGUGCUUACUUGCAGCAACAAGGCGGAUGUGGCGAUCUUCGUGGAUGUCUCUGGUAGCAUUGGACCGGUCAACCUCGUGAAGGAAGUCAAGUACAUCGAAAAGUUCUUCGACCGGUUUGACUUUACGUCUCAGAAGACGCGUGUUGCUUUGGCCGAGUUUGAUGUGGAUGCUCGCUUUAAACUGGACCUAGUUGGAAGUGAGGCUAGGUCCCUGGCGCAAAUCCGUGAGAUUGCAAAGACUCAGUUUUUCUUCACUGGCUCAUGGACGCGAACAGACGUCGCUCUUGGUCGAGCCGUGGAACUUUUUACCAAUCAGCAGAAAGAGGGGGUACCGAAGACCCUAGUUCUGAUGACCGAUGGAAGGGCGUGGCUCGACCAGACCACGUUCAAAAACUCUAUAAACGCUCUCAAGAAUCUGAACGUAAAUGUAGUGGCGAUCGCAGUUGGAUCCAGUAACGAUAUUGAUCUGGACAACUUGUACGAGAUCUGCGGAUCUUUGGACAAGGUCAUCCAGCUUGAUGGCUAUGACACCCUGGUUUCAUCUGCUUCGAGCACUCUCGACAAGCUGGUCAAGUCCGCAUGUGUGCUGUAGAAGAUGCCACGCUUAGAGGUCAUGUGUGACGUCAGCCGCUGCUUGAUUCUCAGACAAAGAUGACAGCUCGUAAGCAGCGGUUAAAAUAAAACUAAUAUUAAAACUGGUGUAAGGUAUUAAAGCUAACCAGAUUGCAACGUAUAUUUCAUUUUUUAUUAACACUUUAUUGGCAAUUUAAAUAGGGUAAAAUUACAUAAUUAUAUGUCAAAUUAAUAAAUUGCAUAAGUGGCAUUAAUAUAAACACCAAGAUUCAUUUUCAUAAAGAUUGAUUAUAUUCAUCCAGUUCCCAAAUUUUAUCCCUUAUAUAACUGAAAUUUGAAUUACCAAAUAAAAGGCAAUCAUUAUACUUUUA